UCAGCCAAAAGACAUUGGUCAAUGAGAUGCUUUGUUGAGGAAUGUCCUUCCAUUGGGUCAUAAUGGAUGAGGUGGUGAGGACUGAGGUCAUCCUCUCAGUCUACAUCAUUUCCUUCCUUAUCGGCCUGCCAGCCAACCUCUUGGCUCUCUACGCCUUCAGUGUGAAGAUCCACUCCAAGCCUCUUCCUACAGACAUCCUGCUCCUCAAUCUGACCGUCUCUGACCUGCUCUUCUUGAUCAUCCUUCCUCUCAAAAUGCACGAGGCAACCUCUGACAUGAACUGGACUUUGCCCGGCUUUCUGUGCUCCAUCACCUCCUUCAUCUUCUUCUCCACUAUCUACACCAGCUCCUUGCUGCUGAUGGCGGUCAGUGUGGUUCGUUACAUUGCAGUAGCUUUUCCUGUUACUUAUCAUCAGCUGCACAAACCUGUGUAUGGGAUAGUCACCAGUGUUGUUAUUUGGCUUGUCUCAGCAGCACACUGCAGCAUUAUUAUCAUUGUCCGCUACCACCCAGCUCUGUACAAUGGAAACAGCACCAUGUGCUAUGAGGACUUCACAGAGAAGCAGUUAGAGGUCCUUCUCCCUGUGCGUUUUGAGUCUUUCUUUGUGGGCUUUCUUAUACCUUUUGUUAUUUGUGUAUACUGCUACUUGAGCUGCAUCCUGAUCCUGUACCGCCGCCCCAGGAUUUCCCCAAUGCAGAAGCAGAAGGCCAUCGGCAUGGCUCUGGGGAGUCUAGCUGUGUUUCUCAUUUGUGUGCUGCCAUUUAACAUGACCCACUUAGUGGGGUACAUACAGGGUGAGAGCCCGACAUGGAGAUACUACACUUUGCUACUUAGCACCUUCAACACCUGCAUUGAUCCCAUCAUCUUCUACUUUUCCUCCUCUGCUUUCCGCUGCACAAGUGAGAAGUCAAUUUUUAGAAAGAAGGCUUCACAAUCAAACAAAGAAGCCACUAAUUCAAACUAA